UGCUUUGGCGAUAAAAAAAAAAAAAUAGAACAAAUAUAGAUAAUAAUAAUUUAUUUACCAUCAAAAUUAUUUAUUUAUAUUUCAAAACAAUUUACAAAUAAUAUACAAUCUUUGUUCAUUUUUUUACAUAUCAAAAUCAAUUAAAUUUAUAACAAUUCAACCUUGAAAAACAAUAACAAUAGUAAACAAUAGUUUGAUAAAAAAUGGCUGCUCCAGUUCGUGCUACUGUUCGUCAAGUUAGACCAAUUUUAUCAUUAAAUAAAGAUGAAGCUCGUCGUAAAGUUAUUAAUUUAUACAAAGCAUGGUACAGACAAAUACCCUACAUAAUGAUGGAUUAUGAUCUUCCAAUAACAGCUGAUGUUGUAAGAGCUAAACUUCGUGCAGAUUUUAGAAAAAAUAAACAUGUUGAAGAUAUUCGUGUAAUUGACAUGUUGGUCAUUAAGGGUCAAAUGGAACUUCAAGAGACAGUACAGCUGUGGAAAAAUAAAGGUGCAUUGAUGUUUCUUUUUGCUGACACAGUUGAAAAGAAACCAACUGAUUUUAUGUCGAAAUUCUUGAAUGGUCAAGAUUAGUAAAAAAAUGAAUUUAUAUUUAUUCAUUUAGUUUAAAAAAAUAAAUAUAUAAUCAAGAUUCAUAUGAAUCAUUUUAUGAUUAAAGAUGUACAUAAAUAAAAACGUUAAAAAUAAA